GUAUUCAUUCUCAUAUUCCUCGAUCUCAAGCCGGUUAGCGACCCAUAUGCGACCAUAUCGGACCAUUCUAUCGCGGAAGAGAUAUUCGAAGCCUCUAGCUUUUACUUGUAUAGUCUCCCCAAGGUUUCACCAAUUUACAUGGAGCCUCGAUUGCGCUCAAAAUCGAUCCUAUGUUUGGCUACAUCGGGGGCUGAGUUCUCGCUAGGCAGUUCCAUUGUCAAUUUAGUUUUCGACAUCAGAGGAUUAGCGGGAAUAGAUGAGGCUCUGGGCACACAGGCUUCUGGCCCCUCUCACCAAGGGAAACUCGUUCAAGUUUUCAAACACCUGCUUCACACAGAUGUAAGCGACCGAACUAACUCCCCACUUGAUGGCUUAUCCCGCGCAAAGUCUUCCAAGGCCGCUGGCUUGGUGCUCGGAAUCGACUUCAUCAAUCAAGACAUCCUCCGUCUAGAGCACACAGAGCAGUUGGGUCCAGCCGUAAAGCUGGAAACAUACAGCAUUCCCCCCCUGAGUCUACAAGAUGUUGAUACUCUCACAGAAGACCUCAUAUACAGCGCUUUGCACUCGGCCAAGGCAUUCCUGCUUACCGGCCACGAUACCACCAGCAACAAAUUAACUUACAUCCCCGCGAUUAUGAACCAACAAGGUCGUCUACACCAACCAGCAGAGACGGCUCGGACCACAGGGGCCUGGAAAGGCCUCACCGUACGUACUCCCGCGGGCGAUGAGUAUUGUCUGGAUAACCCGUCGAGGUAUAUUCACCAAGGCCUUAUCCAUCGAUAUGGGGCUGUCUACAGAGAGACGGCUAGAGAUUCCCCCCCCGAGACA